AUGGAUAACAAAAACCAACCAGCCCAAGUUUCUUCAACCCAAAAGAAGGUCAGAUUCGCGAAUGAUGUCCAACUGACCGAUGUAGAAAUUCGGAAGAAUGUGAACAAGCUCAUUGAUAAGCACGAAAAGGAGACAUAUGAAAUUCGAUGUGCCCAUGAAACCAUUCACGAAAUGGUGAAAACCGGAGCCGCUCCAUCGAAUUUCAUGAAUAUCGCAAAAGUCUUGCUCGAUGGAACUCCAUACGCUUGCGCCAAAGAAGUGCUCAAGCUUCAUAUUGCUGCGACUCAAGGAGGUAACAAGGAUCAAUUCGUCUUCGAAUCGUUGUGUGUCCUCGAUUAUGGCCUCCGGAGAAGACGCAAGUUCAUCAACGAAAUUCGUCAAACUCUUUCCGAUCAGCUGGAGGGAUCUGACAAUCGACAAUUUCUGGCUCUUGAGGCCAAAGGCGCUACUGAAGAUUUGGUAAGUGAAUUAUUUCGUGAGAACCGAUCGAACAAUUUUGCGUUUCAGAUUCAAGUGGCUGUUGAACGAAUCGAAGAGGAGUUCAAAUGCGGUUCCUGCCCGGAUCCUUGGACAAAAAUGGUCAAGGUAAUCGAAGAUCACGAAGAUGGCAACACUACGAGUUACCCGGUAUCGCCACUUGCCAAAAAGUCCUCGGAUUGA